AAGCACAGAUAUCAGUCUGGGAAAGAUACCCAGAGAAAAUGCUGAAAAUUGGUUCUAGAUCUUGAAAGGACAACUGGCUUGUAAUAACCCACCCAAAGCAGUUGGAAUGUGAAAAAGUAGUUCUCAUCAGAUCAGGAGUGGAAGAAUGAGGAGUACUUUUGACCAAACACAGGUCAGAAAGAACUGGUUUCAGCCGGUUGAUAGGAAAUUUAGGGGGUGAGGCAGCAGUGGAAUCUCUCUACAAUCAACAUGGAACUUCAGAAUUUCUUCAGAGAAACUGGUAGUCUGGGUAGAUUCAAGGCACAUUUAAGAGAAAAUAUCUUGGGGAGCCCCAAGGAACUGAUGAAGUUAAGUGUGCCAUCAUUAGUGUAUGCUGUUCAGAACAACAUGGCAUUCCUAGCUCUUAGCAAUCUGGAUGCAGCAGUGUACCAGGUGACCUACCAAUUGAAGAUUCCCUGCACUGCUUUAUGUACUGUUUUAAUGUUAAACCGGACACUCAGCAAAUUACAGUGGAUUUCAGUUUUUAUGCUGUGUGGUGGAGUCACACUUGUACAGUGGAAACCAGCCGAAGCUACAAAAGUUGUGGUGGAACAGAAUCCAUUAUUAGGGUUUGGUGCUAUAGCUAUUGCUGUAUUGUGCUCAGGAUUUGCAGGAGUAUAUUUUGAAAAAGUUUUGAAGAGUUCAGAUACCUCCCUCUGGGUGAGAAACAUUCAAAUGUAUCUAUCUGGGAUAGUUGUGACAUUAGUUGGCGUCUACUUGUCAGAUGGAGCUGAAAUUAAAGAAAAAGGAUUUUUCUAUGGUUACACAUAUUAUGUCUGGUUUGUCAUCUUUCUUGCAAGUGUUGGAGGCCUCUACACUUCUGUUGUGGUCAAGUACACAGACAACAUCAUGAAAGGUUUUUCUGCCGCAGCAGCCAUUGUCCUUUCUACCAUUGCGUCAGUGAUGCUGUUUGGAUUACAGAUAACACUCACCUUUGCUUUGGGUACCCUUCUCGUAUGUGUUUCCAUAUAUCUCUAUGGAUUACCUAGACAAGACACUACAUCCAUCCAACAAGGAGAAAUAGCUUCAAAAGAGAGAAUCAUUGGUGUGUGAUUUCAGCCUCAAGACAGAUUCCUACUAAGACUAAACUAUUUGCAUUAAUCUAGAGCCUUAAGUUAAUCCCAAAAGGUAUCUUAAACAAACAAAAACAACAAAAUAACUAUGGUAUAUGAAUUAAGAAGGCUAUCUGAGUGAGUUGCUAAUAUAAAGAUUUAAUGUGGACCUGUUUGGGAUCAAGCUGUAUUGUUUUAGAAUGAAGGAAUUUUAUUAUUUUAUAUAUAUCUAUUGUACAUAAAAAAUACGGAGAAGAUAUGGUGUUUAAAAAAAAAAUCACAUCGGGCUACAGUAUUCAAGUAAUAAGGUUUGGGACAAUGUUUAAGGGUUAAAGUGCCAAAGCCAUUUCUGUACUAACUGUCCUCUUGGUCAGAUUCCUGGGGAGAAGGACUACCCUGCCUUGUUCUCCAAUUCAUAUGAGCAUUUUGUCUCAGCAGCAGUAGAGACCUAGCUCUUUUCUUACAAAAGAGAGGCAGAAACAAGAUGGGCUAGUCCAGAAACAAACUGAAUGUGUAACUUCUCAAACUGAAUCUAUUUCAUAAUUCAGUGGUUUCUGUAUGGUGACUGAGUACUCCUUUAGUGCUGUAUUUGUGCCAUUCAUUGUCUUAUUCAUAUUUCUUUGCUGUUAGAUGAUAUACUUUUCUUCAAAAAAAUUUCUAA